UAGAGGUGUUGUUGGGACGCAAUGCCUGAGCCAGCGAAGUCCGCUCCCGCCCCGAAGAAGGGCUCCAAGAAGGCGGUGACCAAGGCGCAGAAGAAGGACGGCAAGAAGCGCAAGCGCAGCCGCAAGGAGAGCUACUCGGUGUACGUGUACAAGGUGCUGAAGCAGGUGCACCCCGACACCGGCAUCUCGUCCAAGGCCAUGGGCAUCAUGAACUCGUUCGUCAACGACAUCUUCGAGCGCAUCGCGGGCGAGGCGUCGCGCCUGGCGCAUUACAACAAGCGCUCGACCAUCACGUCCCGGGAGAUCCAGACGGCCGUGCGCCUGCUGCUGCCCGGGGAGCUGGCCAAGCACGCCGUGUCCGAGGGCACCAAGGCCGUCACCAAGUACACCAGCUCCAAGUAAAUUUGUUCACCGUCACAGCACCAACGACUUCAGGCUCUUUUAAGAGCCGCCCAUAUUCUCACUUAAAGAGCUGUAAUCUUCCCAACUUCUGGAAACUGCAACUUGUUUUCGUCACGUUCAGUUUGCUGAGUAUUGGUAAACUCUUGAAUUUGGGAACAAAGGUUAACUUCUGACGUGCGGACCAUCAAGAAGCAAAUGUCCUACAAUCACCCGUGAAACGGAAUCUUCCAUUGUACAAGCGAAUGUCCUGAGAAUUGAGAUUAAGCAGCCCUUUACAUCAAUAAAUACUAUAUGGAAUAUAUAUCACGGAUAUGGAAGAAUCAUCUCUCCACCCUGAACUCUUUUAAGGACAACCGAGUGCCUGUGCCUGUGAGACUUCCCCACCUCUGCCUGCCCGUUCAAGCAACACGUGCCUAAUUUUCCAGGGACUUCCUCUUGCCUCGCCUGAGCCAGCGGCACCUCAUUUAACAGUAAGAACGAAGAACCAUCUUCAGGAAACCAGCUGGCACUCUUAGAGUUAGAGGAGAAUCACGACAUUGCUGCCUGUGGUCCUUCCCAGACGAGGGAAAGCCAGGGCCGCCCUACAGACGGCUGUGCUGUUGCCAACAACUUCAAAGACAAUCCAUCUCAUUUCAAAAAUAGAACGAUCCUCGAAGGAAAUACAGAUAACCGCAAAAUAAGAAAUCUUUAUACCAAAUAAAUGUGGUCCUUUCUACCAAAUACAUUUAAUUAACUUUUAAUAUUAAGGAAAACUUACUAUGCUGACCUUACGUUUCUCAUUUUGACACAGAAUACAGAGAAAAGUGGCCGGGACUAACACUAUUCUUAGAUGAGCAUCUGGGAACCACUGAUUUGUCCAAGUCCCUUCAUUUCAGAAUUUUAAAAAAUGUCUCUGAAUCAGCUCAGCUAAUCAGAGAAGGGGCCCGGGUUAAAACAGAUUUCUUGACUAUUUCCCCUAAAAUUAUACCUACUUCUCACUUCCACAUGUUUGAAGACUUAUAUUCUAUUAUUAUAAGUAAUCCGCACACAUAUUAAUAUCAUUAGCAGAAUAUUAUGAAGUAAUCUACACAAUGAAAAUUCUACUUGAUCUUUCAUAUUCCAGCAAAGCAUCCUGUAAUUUUUUUAAGGCAGUCAACAAAGCAACUGUCAACCAACAGACAGAUGAAUUGUGACAUAAUCAGGCAUGAUCACACGCUCUAACAUUGCUAUGAAAGCAAACGAGCUUUAGCCACACGUGACGACGUGGCAACUCAGAAUAAAGCAAUUCCCAGAAACCA